AUGGCAUCAAAUUCCCACUCUCAUCCAUCAGUCUUUUCUCCUUCUGCUGCUCUGGCAGCUGCACCUGCUUCUGCUCAGCCAUUGUGUUAUGCCUGUUAUCAACAUGGCCACACACUCCUAAAAUGCCCAGAGUUUCUGUCUCUCCUAGAGGACAAUGCUUCUGAGCCUGAGCCAGAGCCUGAGCCUGAGCCUAGGCCCAGGCCUAGGAAGGGUGCAGUCAAGUCUGAAGUGGCCACUCAUACAAGCCUUCUCUCCCACUCCACUGCAGACCCUGAGUUGAGAUGGAUUGCAGAUUCUGGUGCCACAUCACACAUGACACACUGUGUGCACCUGCUGCAGAACACUCGUCCUCACAGGGCACCCAUCAGAGUGGCUAAUGGACUUGUGGUCUAUUCAGAGCUUGUGGGGGAGAUAGUGCUUAGGCCACUGAUCCAUGGACAUGCCAGGAGCCGGUCUGUGAUCCUCUCCAAUGUGCUCUAUGUCCCUGCUCUGUCACACAAUCUGAUCUCCACUACAUACCUGUCAGUUCACCAUGACUACACUGUGCUCAUGAAGGAGAACUACAUCCUGUUCAAGCGCAAUGGUGAAGUGUACUUUGUGGCAGACAUCUCAGAGCAGGGUCAGGCACUUGUGAGAGAGACUGGUUUCCCUUCUGCUGGUUCAGCACUGGUCUCUACAGCUGGGACUCUUCCCAUCAACCUCAGCCUGAUGCACAGGUGGCUUGGAUGUUGA